AUAUCGUUUCCUUUCAAUGACGGAAUAUUUUAUCGAUCAAGAAAAGUAUUUUCUUUUAAUUUUUUUACAUAGUAACGUAGUCUUUUGCAUCGGGAUGACUGUUCUGUUAGCAAUAGGUACAAUGCUUAUUAUGUUUAUUCAUCAUAUCUGUGGAAUGUUUGGAAUUGCCAGUUAUCGUAUCGAGCAAGCAAUAAACAUCAACAUUUUACAAAAUGUUACGAUAAAGAAGAUUUUGAUGACCAAAGGCAUAAUUCGUGCCGUAGAUAUACAUCGCCAAGCUAUGAAAUUAACCAAGUAUAUCCAGUCCACAUUCGAAAUAAUGAUGUUAGGUUUAAUAGUAUGUGGAAUAGUUUGCACGGGUCUCAACCUGUUUCAA